GUGGGGUGGGGGAGGCAGGGGAGCGGUCACGUGGGCGGUCCCCGGCGGGACUCGGCUCUAGGAGCUCACGGCCGCGGGUUCCCGGGACUGGGGUCCUUGUCCCUCGCCGGCGCAGCCAGGUACUCUGCUGUCAGGGACGGCCUCGCCAGGUGGCCCUGGACGCGCCAGGCUGGGGUCGCCUGUGAGCGCCCCCCGGGGGCCAUGGAUGGCGAGACAGCAGAGGAGCAGGGGGGUCCUGUGCCCCCGCAAGGUGCACCCUGCGGACCUGGCUCGGCUAGCGCUCCUGCCGUCGGGGGGCGGCGGGAGCCCAAGAAGUAUGCGGUGACCGAUGACUACCAGUUGUCCAAGCAGGUGCUGGGCCUGGGUGUGAACGGCAAGGUGCUGGAGUGCUUCCACAGGCGCACUGGGCAGAAGUGUGCCCUGAAGCUCCUGUAUGACAGCCCCAAGGCCCGGCAGGAGGUGGACCACCACUGGCAGGCCUCUGGCGGCCCUCACAUCGUGCAGAUCCUGGACGUGUAUGAGAACUUGCAUCGCAGCAAGCGCUGCCUCCUCAUCGUCAUGGAGUGCAUGGAAGGUGGUGAGCUCUUCAGUCGGAUUCAGGAGCGUGGCGACCAGGCCUUCACUGAGAGAGAAGCUGCAGAGAUCAUGCGGGAUAUCGGCACCGCCAUCCAGUUCUUGCACAGCCAGAACAUUGCCCACCGAGAUGUCAAGCCUGAAAACCUGCUCUACACAUCCAAGGAGAAAGAUGCAGUACUCAAGCUCACCGACUUUGGCUUUGCCAAAGAGACCACCCAAAAUGCCCUGCAGACACCCUGCUAUACUCCCUAUUAUGUGGCUCCUGAGGUCUUGGGUCCAGAGAAGUAUGACAAGUCGUGUGACAUGUGGUCCCUGGGCGUCAUCAUGUACAUCCUCCUAUGUGGCUUCCCGCCUUUCUACUCCAACACGGGCCAGGCCAUCUCCCCAGGGAUGAAGAGGAGGAUCCGCCUGGGCCAGUACGGCUUCCCCAAUCCUGAGUGGUCGGAGGUUUCUGAAGAUGCGAAGCAGCUGAUCCGCCUCCUGCUGAAGACAGACCCCACCGAGCGGUUGACCAUCACACAGUUCAUGAACCAUCCCUGGAUCAACCAAUCGAUGGUGGUGCCACAGACCCCCCUCCAUACCGCCCGCGUGCUGCAGGAGGAUAGAGACCACUGGGAUGAGGUCAAGGAGGAGAUGACCAGCGCCCUGGCAACCAUGCGAGUGGACUACGACCAGGUGCAGAUCAAGGACCUGAAGACCUCUAACAACAGGCUGCUCAACAAGCGGAGGAAGAAGCAGGCGGGGGGCUCCUCUGCCUCACAGGGCUGCAACAACCAGUAGCCCACGGGGCCUCCCAUGAGGGCCCGGGAGGAGCUGCCCUCUCAGCCUGGGGCCCAGACCAAGCGUGCUGAGGCCCUGACCCAGAGGGCCCAGGGUCUUUUUUUUUUUUUAAAACAAAAGGAUCAUUUUACUGUGUUUUAAUUUGUCACUUAGAACUUCAGGACAGAGGCCCGUGACUCCAAACCUCCUUGGAGGGGGCCCAGAGCCUGGGAGUUAGGGAACCAUCUGCUUCAGUGGCAGCGCCUGUGGUCGGAGUGGCCCAAGGAAUAUGUGGCUCUGUUGGGCUCACUGGGGCAUGGCUUUAGACUUCUAGGCCAUGGCAGUGGUGGCCGUGGUGGCGGGCUUCCCUCCACCCUUGGAGACACCCCACUGUCAGCUGGGCAGAUGGGCCAGACCUUGGGAAAGCCAUCUGGCCAUUGGUUGCCAUGGUGACCAGGGACAGACUUGUUGUCUGUGAAUACUGAUUGAGAGCAAGGGAGGGAGAAAGGGCAACUGAGGGUCUGCCUCUGUGGCCUUGGGGAGGCUAGUCUCCCUCACACUGCUCAAUCCUCUCAGUCUUCCUACUUUUGGUCUCCUGAGGGAGGCUGCAGGGCCAGUCUCCCUGCCUCACUGGGUGGUCCAGCCCUAUCUUGCUGCAACCCCAUCCCCCGGGGUCCCUGGAGCGCCCUUCCUGCAGAGUCCCUGGGCCUAGUGAUCCUGUUACUACCCUUUACCCAAAGAGUGGCCUCUCAUCUCAGGGGAGGGGGGAGGCAUUUUUAACCCUCUUCUACUUUGGAAAAUGUCACUGUGACGAAAGCCAGGUUCUCCUGUCCCUACCCACUCACUGGUUCCCAGGCAGGAAAGCUUAUCUGUGAUGGUUCGCCCUCUGCCUUGUCCUGGUUGACUGUAGGGGCUACGUCCUCGGGUACUUUUGUGAGAGUGGAUGGCUGGGGGCAGGACCCAGGGGCUCCCCAUUAAUCAGGCGUCUCUUUCUGUACUCUGGGUCAGACCCGAGGCAGUGGAGGGCUGCUGAGUGAUGCUUAGACGAUCUGGUCCUGGGUCCUGGCUUCAGCCUGAGUGGGAACAGAGAGGACCCCUUCCUUGUUGGUUUGGGCUUACCCAGUCCCAUGCUGCCCAUGCGUUAGGGUUCUUGGUACCUGAUAAUGGGCCUGACAAGUGCCUGACACCCAGCCUGGUUCCUGACCUGUCUCUCACUGGCUGGGAAACCCCAGCCCACGUCAGAUAGGAAAACACUGCUGGGUUUUACAUCUAGAUAGUAAUAAAUAUCAUUUUGGCAUUUC